CUCGGCCCGGCUGCCGAGCGGAGCCAUGGCGGCUUCUGAGGCGGCGGCGGCGGGGCCCGCGGCUCUGGCCUCGGGCGCCUCGGCCGUCCCGGCGGCCGCGAGGGGGGCCGCCGCCGCCUCGGGCCCGUGGGGGCCCCCCGGACGGCUGAGGGGUCGCCGCGCAGGACCCGCGACGACGGCGAGGCAGCAGCCGCCCCCGGGUCCGGCGCCGCCGGCCCGCGAGCUGAUCCAGCCGUCGGUGAGCGAGCUGUCGCGGGCGGUGCGCACCAACAUCCUGUGCACGGUGCGCGGCUGCGGCAAGAUCCUGCCCAACGGCCCCGCGCUCAACAUGCACCUGGUCAAGAGCCACCGCCUGCAGGAUGGCAUAGUAAAUCCAACAAUAAGAAAAGAUUUGAAAACGGUACCAAAAUUCUACUGUUGUCCAAUUGAAGGAUGUCCUAGAGGUCCUGACAGACCAUUUUCUCAAUUUUCUCUCGUAAAACAGCACUUUAUGAAAAUGCAUGCUGAGAAGAAGCAUAAGUGUAGUAAGUGCAGCAAUUCCUAUGGCACUGAGUGGGAUUUGAAAAGACAUGCAGAGGACUGUGGCAAGACCUUCCAGUGCACAUGUGGCUGUCCCUAUGCCAGUAGAACUGCAUUGCAGUCCCACAUCUACCGAACUGGCCAUGAAAUCCCUGCAGAACACAGGGAUCCACCUAGUAAGAAAAGGAAAAUGGAAAACUACCUGCACAACCAGAAGUUGUCCAGUAAGACACUUGAGACAUUGAGCAACCAACCAACCCCAAGAACAGACACUCAAGAACUGGAAACUUCAGAAAUCAAGCUAGUUGCUUCUUUUGAAGACUCUUGCAGCUCUAAUGCCAGAAAGCAGACUCUUACAACAACGCCAAGAUAUCCUCAGAAGUUGCUUCUACCAAAGCCCAAGGUGGCCUUGGUUAAACUGCCAGUCAUGCAGUUUUCUCCUAUGCCUGUCUUUGUGCCUACAGCCGACCCCUCAGCCCAGCCUGUGGUGUUAGGUGUUGAUCAUCAGGGCUCGGCCCCAGGUGCUGUGCACUUACUGCCCUUGUCAAUAGGAACCCUGUUCCUUGGCCUGGAUUCAGAGACUUGCUCUCUGAAGGAGAGCCUCCCGCUUUCAAAAAUUGUAACCCCUGUUGCUGUUGAGCCAAUUAGUACAGGUGUUCAAGUAAACUUGGGUAAAGGUCUGUCUGAUCCUUUACAAGAACUAGGGAAUACAUGUCAAAAGAAUAGCAUUUCUUCAAUCAAUGUCCAGACAGAUCUGUCUUAUGCCUCACAACACUUUAUACCUUCUUCACAGUGGGCUAGUCCUGAUUCCUCUGUAUCGUCUUGUUCUCAAACUGACUUGACUUUUGGUUCUCAAGUGUCCCUUCCCAUUAGUGUCCAAACACAAACAUUUUUGCCCAGUUCUAAGGUGACUUCAACUAUAGCUGCACAGACUGAUGUGUUUAUAGAUGCAUGUCUCCAGUCAGGUGGGAUCUCCAGAGAAACUCAAACUAGUGGACUGCAGAAUCCAGCUGAUGACCGGGUACAGAUGGACCAAGCUGUAAUGUGUGGAGACAUUUUUGAGACUGUCCAUUCAUCAUAUGGUGUCUCUGCAGAUAAUAUCAUAAGCAACAGUUUAGUAACAGAGACUGACACUCACAGUUUGAUACCUCAGAACCACCCUAAGACUUUAAAUCAAGAUAUUGAGAAAUCUGCAUCAAUUAUAAACUUCACCACGCAGAAUAGUAUACUUCCUUCUCAGAACAUGACAGAUAAUCAGACCCAAACCAUAGACUUAUUCAGUGAUUUAGAAAACAUCUUAUCAAGUAAUCUGCCUGCACAGACACUGGACAAUCGCAGUCUUUUGUCUGACACUAAUACUGGGCCAGACACCCAGCUCCCGUCUGGCCCCACCCAGAAUCCAGCGAUCGAUUUCGAUAUUGAAGAGUUCUUUUCGGCCUCCAAUAUCCAAACUCAAACUGAAGCGAGUGAGCUUGGCACCAUCACCACAGAGCCAGCCCUGGAAUCACUGGACAUAGAGACCCAAACUGACUUCUUUCUUGCAGACCCUUCUGCCCCAUCCUAUAGCUGUAGGGGAAAUUCUAACUUCUUAGGCCUUGAGAUGUUUGACACACAGACACAGACAGACUUAAACUUCUUUUUAGAUAGUAGUCCUCACCUGCCUCUGGGGAGUAUUCUGAAACACUCCAGCUUCUCCAUGAGUACUGAUUCUUCUGACACAGAGACCCAAACUGAAGGAGUCUCUGCUGCUAAAAACCUUCCUUCUCUCGAAAGCAAAGUUCAGUUGAACAGUACCGAAACACAGACCAUGAAUUCUGGCUUUGAAACCCUGGGGAACUUGUUCUUCACCAGCAAUGAAACUCAAACAGCAAUGGACGACUUUCUUCUGGCCGAUUUGGCCUGGAACACUAUGGAAUCUCAGUUUAGCUCGGUAGAAACCCAGACAUGUGCGGAACUGCACACGGUCUCCAACUUCUGACAGUGGAGAUUACAGUUUGCUUCUAGAGCAGCGUUCACUCUAUUGAAUGUAGUUGAUGAUGCAGUUGAUUCAAUUCAUUGCGGUUCAUUGCCUUUUGUACUUGUAAACAUGAAAUCUGUGUAUAAAUGUGAGUGUAUUAUAAAGUGUAAGAUAUUGAUCUAAAAAUAAUUGUUUUUGAGUUGCCUACAUUUGCCCUUUCACAGCCAGUUGUCCCAUAUUUGAAAGAAAAAUUUCAACUCUUUAAAAAAUUGUGGUCUGUGAUGUGCGUAAGUUGCAACUAAAAUAUUUUGCAGUGCUUAUUAGAAGUUCCUGCUUCCUGAUAGUAACAUCUAAUACAAUCUGAUGUGACCAGGUGACCAUAACGCCAGUGCUCAAAGGGGCUGAGACUCAAGUCAGCCUGCACCUUUAUCUCCUGUAACAUCUCUUCUGAUUUGAAGGCACAAAGAAAAACUACAGCUGUCUUUAGCCUUUGAACAAUUUCCCUGUAGUCAAUGCCAUCCCUUCACUACAUAAUGAUUACUGAUAUCAAUGUAUUUGUAUAGUACUUGCCUCACAAGAGAUGUGUUGCGGUAAAAUGACUGCUUAAAAACAGCAGCAAGCACUUAGUGUAAAUAGUGACCCUUCUCAUGUAAACAGUUAAGUCACCCCUACCAUAAAGAGGCAGAAUCGUGGUGUCGUGCCUGUUGGUACUGGAACACACCCUGCAGCCAUCCAUCCUACUCAGCAGCAGGCCAGGAUACUCUGGGACUGCUGUUCAAAGUGCACUCCACAGGCUGGAUCUGAGCUUUGUCAUUUUUUUUAAUAGUGGAGAGAAAAAAUGACAGUCCCCCUAAAUUCCAAUACUUCACACUUGUAAUAAGCUUGAUAGGGCAAGAGUGCAAUCUACAGUUAUUAUAAAGCGAAUGCUUUUCAUUUACCUCUCAUCUUUUCUGUGAAUAAGACAUUGGUCUAGCAAGGAUAUUAUUUGUGCCUUGAGGAUAGCAAUUAUAGAAUAGAUUCACCUAAACUAUGGUAGUAAUUUGUUACUUUGUUAGGAAAGAGUAAUACUAGUUAUCUUCAAAGAAGACAAGGUGAAGACCUAUUCACUCAUCAAGAACCUCUAGGUUUAGAGAUGGGAGCAGGGUCAGGUAUGUUUAGGGGGGGUUCUGGGGGGCCUGUGUUUGGGAGAUUCUGGAUUCUUGAUUGUUGGCCAACUUUCAGUGUGGCCUGUAUGUUUUCUAAUUUUACAAAAAAUGUUUCCUCUGUGUCAUACAUGUGUACCACUGAAAGCUAAAUCCUCAAAAUAAAACCUAAUGAGAAAACUAAUAAUUCAUCAAAGUAAAUUGCUGGUGUUGCUACUAAUUCUUACCCCCAUAGGAUUGUUGGUAAUGGAGAAAUACUAUCCUGGGCAGGUGAACUCAAUCUGGUACAAGUUUGCUUUGGUCACAGUUGCCUAUGAUUAUGGGUUUUAAAACAUAAAGCCUUAACUUAGAAUUUCAUUGUUUUAGAAUCAUCACUGCCUUAAUGUUCAAUCAUCUAUUUAAGUUCUAGAAAAGGAGCAAUGCAUGUUUGUUUAUUGCUUUUGAUAUAAAUGCAGUGAUCUAUGGCUUUAAAAAAAAUGUUUCUGUGACAAUGUUAAUAGGACCUAUAGUUAUUAACAGAAAAAUGGAGCAUGUACUAGUUCCUCAUGUACAAGUAAGAACUGUUUCCCACCAAAACCUUGGCUUCCUUUGAAUUGUUCUAAGAUUAUUUGUAAAAGCAAAUUCAGUGAUUAAAGAGAAGUGAGAAUUCUACCUAUUUGCAGACUUUUCGACCUUAUAGUGUAACUCUUGUUGCCUUACCCUUCAUA